AUGCGCCGGUACAACAGCCUAGAGAGACGUCUUCACAGAGAUCCUGAGUGUAAGAGGAUGUAUAUGAAAACCAUGGAGGGUUACAUCAGUAAAGGACACGCAGUGAAACUGACCAAAGAAGAGAAGGCGAAAUCUUCCGAGAGGACAUGGUAUAUUCCACAUCACGGCGUGACUAAUCCAAACAAACCAGGAAAGGUUAGAGUUGUCUUCGACGCGGCUUCCGAGUUUCAAGGUCAAUCGCUAAAUGACAGCCUCCUCACCGGACCAGACUUGCUGAAUAACCUUUUCGGAGUGUUGCAACGGUUUAGGCUAUACCGGGUCGCUGUGAUUGGAGACAUCGAGGGUAUGUUUCACCAGGUAUACGUGCCAAGGAGUGAUGCUGACUCAUUGCGGUUCCUUUGGAAAGAAGACCCUACCUCACCCGGACCACCGGACACCUGGAUGAUGGUUGUUCACAUAUUUUGCUCAAAGGACUCCCCAACCUGUUGGAACUACGCCUUACGUCGCACAGCUGAAGAUAACAUCAACGCUUUCUCCAAGAUGGUUAUACAAGCUUACCUGAAAGACUAUUACAUGGACGAUCUCGUUUCGAGCAUCCAGUCUGUUACAGUAGCGAUGAGCUUUGUAGAUGAGGUAAUCGAGCUGGGGAAAAGGGGUGGAUGGAGAGUUCACAAGUUCAUCUCUAACUCCAAAGAGGUCAUGCAACACAUCCCAGAGACAGAGAGGGCCAUCCCGCCCCCUGGACCUAUUGAAUUCGGUCGGGUGCAGCGAGCACUUGGUGUCGGAUGGGACGUAGGAGAGGACUACUUUGUUUUCGGCGCCGAGGUCAAGUCAAAGGGCAGUACUAAGAGACAAGUCUUAAGCACUGCCAGCAGUAUCUUCGAUCCCUGCGGCUAUUUGGCACCCUUUACUGUGAGAGCCAAAUGUCUGAUCCAGGAGAUUUGGAGGAGAAACAUCACUUGGGAUGAGCAGAUCCCAGCUGACCUGUUGAAGCAAUGGACAGCGUGGCUGACAGAACUUCCCAAGAUUCGAUUGCUGAAGAUACCACGUCAUCACCCAGAAUUCUCCACCGAUGCCAAGAACGUCAUGUUGUUGAUAUUCAGCGACUCAUCCGAAAUGGCUUUCGGUUGUUCGGCCUUCCUACGCUAUACUUUGGAGGGGGGAGGGAUCGUGUGCUCAUUCCUCGCAGCGAAGACGCGUGUAGCGCCCAUAAAGCCUCAACUCUCGAUUCCAAGGCUGGAACUACAGGGAGCAGUAUUGGCAGUCAGGCUAGCUGAAACGUUGAUGAGGGAGUUGCAACCAAUCAAUAUCACGAGACGAAUAUUUUGGACGGACUCCACCACAGUACUCGCCUACAUACGCAAUGAAAGCAAGAGGUUCAAACCAUUCAUCGGAAAUCGUGUGGCAGAGAUAAGGGAGUUCACCCAAUUUGAGGAAUGGAGAUACAUCCCAACUGCCCAGAAUCCAGCGGACUAUUGCUCACGGGGGAUGAAGGCUGAUGACCUGACCAUGGAACACGCUUGGUUUACAGGACCAACGUUCCUAUCAAAAGAUGAGCAAGAUUGGCCUGAACAGGUCAUCCCGAACAGCCAACUGAAACCUGAUGACCCUGAAGUGAGGAAAGCCGCUACUGCCUCAGUCUUGCUGAUAGGAGAGAAAUCUGAGAAGUUCAUCUAUCGAUACGAAUUCGAAAUCGCAUCAUUGGUGAAGGUGGAUUAUUUCAGCACAUGGCGAGGUCUAGUCAGAAGAACAGUGUGGAUCCUGAGGGCCUACCGGAACUUUGCGUCAAAAUUGCCAAGACUUGGAGUAAAGGCCAUUACAUCAUCAGAGAUAACAGCAGAGGAGUGGGAGGACGCUGAGCAUCUGUGGAUACAGCACGCACAAAGGGAGGCCUAUCCCGAGGCCUGGAGAGAGCUAAAGGAAGAUGGUAUGCUUAGCCCAAAGCAUCCAUUGUCGCCACUGCAGCCGUUUCAUGAUGGGAUCCAUCUACGCGUAGGUGGCCGGCUAAGGAAAGCAGAUAUCAAUCAAGAAGCCAAGCAUCAGUUGCUGCUACCGAGAAAUCGUCUGACCAAGCUGUUACUACAAGACAUCCACUCGUCACAAGCCCACUGUGGAAGGGAACAACUAAUAGCUGAGACACGACAGAAGUACUGGCCUGUACAGGGAAGGACCACGGCUAGAUCGGUCAUUAAGGAUUGUAUUACAUGUCGGAGGAAACGCCUGAAGCCCGUUCAGCCUAAGAUGGCCGAUCUACCCACCUGCCGACUCAAUGCUGCUGCUGGCGCCUUCUACCAUACGGGGAUUGACUACUUUGGCCCAAUUGUAGUCACACAGUGGAGGUCUUCAGUGAAGCGCUGGGGGUGUCUUUUCACUUGUAUGAGUGUCAGAGCCGUCCACCUCGAACUAGCGGAUUCCCUGUCUACAGACGACUUUCUACUAUGCCUGCGUCGAUUUAUUGGCAUGAGAUCACAACCAAGAAGAAUCUUCAGCGAUAACGGGACAAAUUUCGUCGGGGCGAAUACAGAAUUGCGUCGAUGUCUUCAACAGCUUGACCAUCACAAGAUACUACAGUACGUCACGCCACUGAAGAUAGAAUGGUACUUCAAUCCGCCGACAGCGCCACACUUCGGUGGUGCCUGGGAGCGCCUCGUCAGAUCCGUGAAGAAGGCCCUGUCAACUGUGAUCGCUAAUGUCCAAGUUAGCGAGGCUGUCCUGAGAACUGCUCUAGUGGAGGUCCAGGCCAUAGUCAACAAUAGGCCUUUGACCUACGCUAGCGAAGAUGUCAACGACUUCGAGGCCCUGACGCCCAAUCACUUCAUCUUUGGGCGUGCCGCCGAGGGGCUGUCACCUUGCCGAGAUGACGACCGUGAUAUCAACAGCCGCCAGAGAUGGAAGCGUGUACAAGUGGUAGCCAACCGAGUCAACCAGAGAUGGCUGAAGGAGUACCUCCCCACCUUGACGCUACGCUCCAAAUGGCGUCGGGAUGGUGAGAUAGUUGCUGCUGGUGAUCUUGUCACCCUAGUCGACGAUAAGCUGCCCCGAGGAUCCUGGACUCUUGCCAGAGUAAUCCAAGUCUACCCUGGAGACGACGGAAUCAUUCGGACGGUGAAGGUCAAGACAGCUGAUGGCACCUACGUACGACCGGCUAACAAGGUGUGCAUACUGGAGGAGAGUGCGAGGACGGAAAGCAAAUGGCCAGAAACCUUGGUAAAAAAGCGCUCUAUCUUAGAGCCAAAUUCUGGUAACUUCAUUGCGUUUCAUUUUGCGCCAUUAUGCUUCGUCUGA